UCCAUUCUGACUUGGCCGUAUCCGUCAAUUUGGUGAACACUUCUAUCUUCUCCAUGCCACAUUCCUGCUGCAUGGGCUCAAUGUCCUCCUGAAAUGGGUUAAAAAGAGUAGCACAUCAUUAUAAUUAUAUUUUAUGUCCAACUACUUUUUUGAGUACCUUAGGGCAGACGCAGGAGAGGAGAAAGCAAGCUCUUGAAGAGAAGAGCUUACUUUACAUUUUCUUUUUAGUUCUUUGGGGCUUAUGGGAUCAAAUAGCUCACUUAUGCACAGAGGAAUAUUGAAGUGAGCCACAAUUUUCAAGGCUUCAGCUCUGAUACGUGCAUGGGCAGGAGAAAGGACAGAAUACUGGUGUGACCGCAGGAGUUUUCAUAGAUGGACCACUAUGUCCCCACACUCAACCCAGUAAUACACAAUAAGUUAUCCAUAGAGCGUCAGUGGAUGAAAUGGUUACUCCUUUCUUCAAUGAAAGGCAAGCCAGUACUGAGGAGAUGGCUUUAGUAAGCAAUGCACUGGCUGCUUACUCCUUCAUAGCAGAUCACCCGGAACGGGUGGCAUUGUAUUUUGUGUGUGGAGUGUGUUUGGGACUAGUUCUCACUCUCAUAGCGCUAGUGGUACAGAUCUCCUGUCAAACCGACUGCAAAAGGCAACGAUCGCCCAAGAAAAUUGGGAAACCUGCCGAGAGCAGUAGCGACACCAGCGGCAGCGAUUCAGACUGGGACAAUUCCUCUGACCUGUCGGCACGGCGCCACCGGCGCUUUGAGCGGACGCUCGGGAACAUGUUUACCACCGCCGAAGAGAUGGAGCGCCUGCAGCGACUAGAGGAACGGGAGCGAAUCAUUCGUGAGAUCUGGAUGAACGGACAGCCCGACAUGCCGGGCACCCGAAGCCUGAACCGCUACUAUUGAAGUUUUUGAAGCAUUGCAGAAAUAGCCUCAUGUGGACAAUAUCAUGGCUAUUAGCUACACUUUUUGUGGGGAUAUAGUAAGGGACUGAUAAAUGAACAAAGCCAACACUUAUUAGACUUCUGGGGACUGUUCUUCUUCUAGUGGUGGCACGAAAGUGAAGGAGUAGUUGCUGUUUUAAAUAAAAACCUGGUUUUAUGAAGAAUUCAUCAUACAAUAUAAAACAGUAGAGGAUAAAAUAACAUCCUGGAGCUUUUAUUAUGCUUGACUUGAAAUACUGUAUUUUUAAUUAGAGUUAAAUUUCAUCUGAAAUAAUUGCUAUGGUCACAUUAUAUAUAUAUAUAAUAAUGCUAUGGUCACAAUAUUAGUGUGCAUUUGACAAUUCAGACACCUAAUUUUUUACUUUUUACUGUUAUUUAAGCAAAAUAUAUUUGUGUUACAAAAUGUUUUAUUAUACAAAAGCUUUGUCUUGGAGCUCAGGGUUUACACGACCUAUCCCUCUGUGAAGGAUGUUUUGUUGUUGUUGUUGUUGUUGUUGUUGUAGUAGUUGUUAACUGAUAUAGCAAAGGUCUGUGCCUUUAUUUUAGAACAAUUCUUCUAGUUUUAAUUGUGCAUGGAAGACAAUCACCUCUGUUUUUAUAAUAAAUGUUUCACAGUCUGAAUUUGUAUAUGGUGCUAAUUUCCUGUAGGUAAAAUCCAUAAAUGUUUUAGCUCCGCACAGGCAAUCUGACAAUGGUUCAGAAUAGGCAGCAAAAAAUCCAAAUUCUUCAUCAGACAUUCUGUUCCCAUGACAUUCAAUACAUGAAGCACUCUGAUUCCACACUGAUUCAAUGCAGUAGUUAAAACAUGUAUAUUGAAUUUGUGAGAAACUUGCAACUUGUUGCCUGUCAGGAUCCUGUCACCUUUGUCAGUCUGGUUUAUUGUGAUGUCUGGAUCCUGACUCUUCGGUUUGGUUCGGUCUUGUUUCUCGGGAUACGGACACUCAUGCUCCAUGUCUUGUCUUUUUGUCUGAGCACAUGGCUAAUGAUGGCUUCAUUGCCAUGCGCUCUUUCUGUCUAAUCUAUUGUGUUUGGUUUGAGCACAUGGUUCUUGUUAAGUUGUUUGACAUGUGCUGUCCUGUACUGUCUCUCCUCCUGACCCCAUCCCCUUGUUACCUUGUUAUUAGUUAAUUUGCUUCUCAAGCUUUCCUUAUUACCACCCUUGUUUUCUUGUCUAUUUAACCCCAUUGUGUGUUUUGUCUUGUGCCAGUUCGUUGUGGAUGUUUCCUUGUUACAGGUGUUCCUUCUCCAGCCCUGCCACCAAGUUCUGUGUCUGUGGAAUGUCAUUUGUUUUCCCCUACGGGGUGGUUUUUGUUUAUUUUUAAUAUUAACUAAGCCCAUCUACUCUUGAGUCCUCACCCUCUUUCUCUCUCCAACCCAACCUUGACAGUUUCCUUCUUGUUUAUAUAGAAUUUAUAGAAUGUGUAUGAGGAGUAAUGUGCCAAAUGUUUGUCUGUGGAUCUAGUUGAUACACAUUCCGAUAAAAUAA